ACUUGAAAAGACCACAUCACAAACUCCACUUCCUGAAACCCGCCUCCCGCAAAGUAGUCCUGCCUCCCUACCCAUGACGGAACUCGCGCCUGAAGAUGACUUUACGUCUCAAAUUUCCGGGACGUUAGAUCUCGGAUAUCCAUAUACAUCUGGAGCCUUUGGCGUGGUUUAUCGGCGAACCAUCGAGUCUAGUGAAGGCACAGUAGAGGUCGCAGUGAAAGUCUUCAAGAUCGAUCCUGGAAGAGAAAUGGAGAAAAUUGAAAAGGGAAUACGUCGAGAAAUCAAGGUGUGGCUUAGACUGAAACACCCGACUAUCGUUCCGCUACUUGGCACCGCAAGGGUCGAUUCUCCGUUUCCGGCUCUCGUUUCCAAAUGGAUGCCAUCUGGGACACUGGAUGUCUACCUCAAGGAAGCUGCAACCCUUACCGCUUCCUCUAAAGUUGAAUUGGCCAACGGUGUUGCUGAAGGCCUCGACUACCUUCACUCGGAGAAAGUCGUUCAUGGAGACCUUCAUCCCGCUAAUAUCCUCAUCGAUGACUCAGGAAAUCCACGUCUCACAGAUUUUGGUCUCGCAACAGUCGCAGGGGACGCAGACUUGCAGUUGUCCACGAUGACCGCUACCCGCAAUUUGGAUUCUCGAUGGCGUGCGCCUGAAGUGAUCGGAAUUGAGCGUGACCCUGAAAGGCCUACUUUCAAGAGUGAUGUCUAUUCAUUUGGUAGUGUGAUGUUCUUUAUCUUCUCGGGGGAUGUACCAUGGAAAGAGAAGAAGCAUUCGCAUCAAAUUUCGAUUGAGCUAUCAAAAGGAGCCAUACAUGCACGUCCCGACAACAUCCCUGACGAUCACUGGAGCUUGAUUCAAAAAUGCUGGUCUCGGGACCCGGGGGGUCGCCCAAGGGCAGUGGAAGUUAUUAGACGCACGAACAUCGUGAUCUUCGGAGAGACAGGGGCGGGCAAAAAGCUCCGUCUAAACCUCAUGGCCGGCCGAGACAUUGCGCACAUAUCGCCCGACUCUCACCGCUGCACUCUGCAUUGGUCGGAGUACACGAUAACCUUCGAAAGUGGGGCUCGAUACCAGGUGUUUGACACGGCCAGCCUCGAGGGGCCCCGUCUACAAACCAGGGAGCACUUCUUCGCAAUCACAAACACAUAUGGCCUCAUCAACACCUUGAAAGAGCGUGGAGGUAUCAACCUCUUGCUCUUCUGUAUACGCGGAGGCAGAGUCACGGCAACCAUGCAGAGCAACUACAGGUUGUUCUUCGAAUUUUUCUGCGAAGAAAAGGUCCCGCUUGCGCUCGUCGUCACAAACCUCGAAAGAGAGACGAACCUGGAAGACUGGUACACGCGGAAUAUGGGCCACUUGGAGAAGCAUGGCAUCCGGUCCGUAGGACACGCAUGCAUUACUGCGGGCGAAUCUUCUCGACGAGAGGCAUAAACACAAGUAUGAGGAAUCGCGAGAAACACUCCGUAGUGUUGUUCAGGCUCAUUGCCACGCAUCAAUGGAAGGGUGGACCGAAGGCCAAGGAUGGCUUGCUUCGCCCGGUAGCAAGCUCGUGGAGUUCGUCGCUUGGACGUCCCAAGAAGACAGAUAUCAUUGGGAUCCUCACAAAACGAUGUGGAAUGACCAAGAAAGUCGCUCAGCAGGUGGCGCAGCAGAUCAAUAGAGGCGAAAAUCAAUCCUAGUAUAAUCUUUCCACUGCUGCUAUCAUGUUCAUAGACUCUUCCCUCACACGUACAUACGUUACCACCUAGGCUACAACAACCACCUGAGCUGACGAAGUUAGCGCGUU